GUUUUGAUGAGUAUAGAUACGUUGUUAAGGUGAUCGACGAUUAGCAGAACUGUUGACCCGUUUUAGUACAUUUUUAGGCUAGGUAGCUCGUUAGUUGCUACUUCCCUGAUCGAGUCGCUUAGAAAAAGCGACUUGAUUAAGCCAACACGAACCUCUUGGUCAAAUCAGGUCGAAAGGGAUGCCGCUGCAGACAGACUCCGACGGACGCAAACAGGCUUUAAUCUCAUCGCAUUUAAUGGGAAAGAGCAGCUUUUCUAUAAACUUAAAAGGCCUCAGGAUAACCCAUUCUCGACCGAGUGCUUUUGUAAGAUGCUUAAGCUCGAGUACUAUUUAAUAGCGCUUUAAAACAAGUGGAGAUUUGAUAAGAGAGGAGCUAACCGUGAGCUAACCGCUAACAUUAGCUGAUCAACAACAAAGCGGGGAUCGUUAAUCUUUCUGCGUCACCAGUCAGGUGAAGAAGAGUCCGCAGCUUCACUUUAAACCCGCUGUUUUCUGCCUGUGCUGGACAUAUUGCUCGACAGCCAUGAAACUGUUGGAAAACUCCAGCUUUGAAGCUCUCAGCUCCCGGCUGUGUGUUGAAACAGGAGAGUCUCGCAUCCUUGGCAGGAUUGAGAGCUACUCCUGUAAGAUGGCAGGCGAUGACAAACACAUGUUCAAGCAGUUCUGCCAGGAGGGGGAGCCACAUGUCCUGGAAGCCCUCUCUCCCCCUCAGUCCACCAGCGCCACCAGCCCUUCACAGUUGGGGAAGAGCAGUGAGGACGGGGAAAACCCUCUGAGUGACAAGUGUUGCAGGAAGACUCUUUUCUACCUCAUCACCACGCUCAACGAGUCCUUCAGGCCGGACUAUGACUUCAGCGCGGCACGGGCUCACGAGUUCAGCCGGGAGCCCAGCCUCAACUGGGUGGCUAACGCCGUGAACAGCAGCUUGUUCUCAGCCGUGGGAGAAGAGUUCAACUCUCUGGGUCCGGAGCUGUGGAACGCUAUCGACCAAGAGAUCACCCUGCAGAGCUGUGACAUUUACAGCUACAACCCUGAUCUGGACUCGGACCCUUUUGGUGAAGAGGGGAGCCUCUGGUCCUUCAACUACUUCUUCUACAACAAGAAACUCAAGAGGAUUGUAUUCCUCACGUGUCGCUCUGUCAGCGUUAUGAGUGGUUACGGCCGUGAUUGUCUUGACAACGAGCUGGACAUGGAGUUGGACGACGAGGAGGAAAUGGAUGGCUUCACUGAGGACAGGUUCCCCAGAGCUCUGUGUGUGUGAAUAUCCCAGAUGAACACGCCUCGGCCAAAGAAUAUCUAGGCGUUUCCUCCUCCUCCUGCCAUUUUUCGCCUUGUGCACCUUCUUGUUUUUCUUUUUUUUGCUGACUCAUUCAAAGUCAUUUCCACACAUUAAAGGAAGGCAGUGAACUGUGUACCAUGACACGGUGGACGUUUUGUUGACCCCGUGGUAACUUUUAAGCGCCUUCAUUCUCCUGUAUGGUUUUGACCCUAAACAGCACAUACAGACGUGAGACGGGCUUCUCUACACCUGCCGCAUUUCCAGAAGAGACCACUUCACGCUGGACGCUUGAGAAAGAAGUUCAUGUUAUGGAUAAGUGGCCGACAAAGACUGUGAGCGGGAUGAGUUUCUUGCAAAUGAUGUCAAAAAGUCCAGGAAACACCAGCAUCAAUGAAAACUCACACAGAUUAAGAUUUCUGAAAGGGGGGGAGAUCCAGUUAAGACUGACUGAUCAGCCGAGAACUCAUCUGUUGUUCAUUGUUUGCUAUUUUCAUGUGUUGCUUCUUAUGUGCGACAGUGGCGUUACUGUGAGAAUGUUUUCAGCACUGAGUUUGAAAUCUUAAAACACAUUUAUAACAAACUUGUAUUAUUGAAUCUGAACGCUCGUCUGUACUUUAGACAGUUUAUAGACAAACUUAUAGGCUCCUGAUUUGCAGCUUGGAAAACAUACCAGGUUUUAACAGAUAUUGUUUUUGUUGCAGUUCACUUUCUUCCACGAUUCAUUUUAUACGUCAUCUAAAUCCCAUGUUUUUCACUGUUCCCCCCUCACAUAUUCCUAGUUAACCCUCAAUUCUAAAUGUCUGUCUUGCCAGUGUGUUUUAAAUUUUUUUUUUGCUCAUUACCUCAGUGCAAAGGCUUCAUUGAAAAGUGAAUGUAUAGAACAAUUUAGAGAGAAAAGACAUUUCUGUAUAAUGGCUUUAAAUAACUUUUUAGAAAUUGAGAAGCUCCUCUUUACGUUCCUUGCAGGUAGGAGUUCUGUGACUUUUCUUGACUGCUCUGUGCUUCGUUUAAUUGGCCGAUAUGUUGCAGAUGUGAAUAAACUGGUGUUUGAGUCAUA